AUGAACCACCAACCAAACGGGUCCGCCAUCGCCAACGGCACCGGACAACAAAACUUGCAUACCCUCCCACACCACCAACAACAACAGCAGCAGCAUCAAUCACAGCAUCACUUGCACCAGGGCCACGACAACAACCAUCACACCCAUCCCAACGGAAACGGACACGCCUCUGACAGCAGCACCAGCAACAGUAAUAACAACAACAACAACCUUAAUAACACCAACGGCAAUGGAAACAACAACAACACUAAUAACAACAAUCGAUCCGAUGACCAAGGAGCAGGGUCUCCACCCGAUCUACAGAACGCUCCCCAGCGGAGGAAGAAGGCCAGCCGAGCGAAAAAGGCAAAGUACCUUCAGGACGCAUACGACUCGCAACAAGCUGCAGAGCAAGCGGCCCAAGGAGGAAACAUGAACGCCGUGGGCAUGGACCAGAAAUCCUUGCUCCCUAAUCAGGAUCAGCAACGGCAGGGUCCAGCUGGCAUGGAGGAAUCGCCAUUGACGGACGCGAAUGCAUUGUUCAACUUCCCAAUGAGUUCGGACUAUGGUUUUGGAUCAGAGGCUGUCAACUUGGAAUACUCGAUCAUAUCAACUAUGCUGUCUUCACCCACAGCGGAGCUCAACUCGAUGUCAGAUCUGUCCAUGGUCGAAAACUGGCAACGUCAGGGGUCUCUGGAUGCGAUGGCAAACUUGGCCAACAGCAACCAAUUACAAAAGGCGCUCGCUGCUCAAGGAGCUGUCGCAGCCGCAGCAGCGGCGUCUGUUGGACCAGGGUCUGGAUCAAGCGCCUCUGGGUCGAACGGGGGAUUGACCAACGCUGGGGCGACAAAUCACGCGAACGGCACCAGCGCCAACAACAGCAGCCAUAACAACAGUAACAACAAUGCCAAUAACACUGCGAACAACAACAACAGUACAGCAGCCAGCAAUGCCACGAUGGGACUCAUGGGCCCCGGUGCACCAGCAGCGAACAAUCCCACAGCACCCACUGUAUUUCACGCCCCAGGAGUCGCUAGGGUCAGCAAACGAAAGUUCCCGAGCAACACCCCAGAGAAUGUCUACGCCAACACUAAACAACCUUUCAAUUAUACCGACGGCUUCCACUACCUCUUACGAUACGUCCGGGAACGGAUGGACAAAGAGGAGAUGAUGCGUAUUUGCAGGGCCAUGGCCAUGUUUCGACCCUCAUUUAUUGCCCUGAUCAUGAACUUGACGCCGGAGGACCUGAUUUUUAUGGAAAAAUGUUUUCAGCGCACCAUCCUUGAGUUUGAAAAGUUGAUCAGCUUUUCAGGAACGCCAACUGUGGUAUGGCGUCGGACAGGAGAGAUUGCUUUGGUGGGCAAGGAGUUUUCGUUAUUGACACAAUGGGGGCGAGACCAACUUGUGGGCAAGAAGACGUAUAUCUACGAACUGAUGGACAACCAGUCGGCGGUCGAAUACUGGGAAAAGUUCUCGACGCAUGCAUUUGAGAACACGGAACAGACGGUGAUGACGACGUGUAUCUUGCUUAGUCCGACCAACCGUGUUGUGCCCUGUACGUUCUGCUUUACGAUCAAGAGAGAUAUCUUUGACAUUCCUCUUGCCAUUGUUGGCAACUUUUUACCUAUCCUCUCAUAA